GCCCCCCGUGGGCCCCGCCGCGCCCCGCGCCCGGCAGCCGAUGCCCGCGGCCGGGGAGCUGGAGGAGCGGUUCUCGCGCGCACUGAACUGCAUGAACCUGCCUCCGGACAAGGUGCAGCUGCUAAGCCAGUAUGAUGACGAGAAGAAGUGGGAACUUGUCUGUGACCAGGAGCGGUUCCAAGUCAAGAACCCCCCUGAAGCCUACAUCCAGAAGCUGAAGAGCUACGUCGAUGUUGGGGGGGUCAGCCGAAAGGUCGCAGCAGACUGGAUGUCCAACCUGGGGUUUAGGAGGCGUGGCCAGGAGUCCACACAGGUGCUUCGGGAGCUGGAGACCUCCCUGAGGACCAACCACAUUGGAUGGGUGCAAGAGUUCCUCAAUGAGGAGAACCGUGGUCUGGACGUGCUCCUUGAGUACCUGGCCUUUGCCCAGUGCUCCGUCACGUAUGACCUGGAGAGUGCAGACAGUGGGGAGAAGAACUCUGAGAAGGGCAAGCCCCUGGAGCAGUCAGUGGAGGACCUCAGCAAGGGGCUGCCCCCCUCUGUACCCAGGAGCCGCCACCUGACCGUCAAGUGCCCCCCUUCUCCCCGGCUGACCCCGGCGCACAGCAGGAAGGCACUGCGCAGCUCCCGCAUAGUCAGCCAGAAAGAUGAUGUCCAUGUCUGCAUCAUGUGUCUGCGUGCCAUCAUGAACUACCAGUCUGGCUUUAGCCUUGUCAUGAACCACCCUGCCUGUGUCAACGAGAUCACGCUGAGCCUCAACAACAAGAGCCCCAGAACGAAGGCUCUGGUGCUGGAGCUCCUGGCAGCUGUGUGCCUGGUGCGCGGAGGGCACGACAUUAUCCUUGCGGCCUUCGACAACUUCAAGGAGGUGUGUGGGGAACAGCAUCGCUUUGAGAAGCUGAUGGAGUAUUUCCGCAGCGAGGACAGCAACAUUGACUUUAUGGUGGCCUGCAUGCAGUUCAUCAACAUUGUGGUGCACUCUGUGGAGAACAUGAACUUCCGAGUCUUCCUGCAAUACGAGUUCACAAACCUGGGCCUGGACCUGUACCUGGAGAGGCUGCGGCUCACAGAGAGCGACAAGCUGCGGGUGCAGAUCCAGGCCUACCUGGACAACGUCUUCGAUGUGAGCGCCCUUUUGGAGGACACGGAGACCAAGAACGCGGUGCUAGAGCACAUGGAUGAGCUUCAGGAGCAGGCUGCGCUGUUGACCGAGCGACUGCGGGACGCAGAGAAUGAGUCCAUGGCCAAGAUUGCGGAACUAGAGAAACAACUGAGCCAGGCGCGCCGGGAGCUGGAGACACUGCGGGAGCGUGUGGGCGACGCGACCCCCCCUGGCGAUGGUGUACGGAACCUUGCGGACGCGACCCGGGUCCCAGCGCGACCCUCGGCACUGGAGCUGAAGCUGGGGGAGCUGGAGGCGCAGGGGCUGCUGCGGGUGCUGCGCGGGCCCGGGGACGCCGUUGCCAUCGAGAUCCUGCCGGUCGCCGCCACUGCUCAGGAUGGGGACGCAGAGACUCCGGGGGCGCGAGCCGGCUCCCCUAGCCCAGAAUCGUCAAUGGGAGCUGUGCCGCCCCCGCCGGAAGCUCCGCCUCCCCAGGGCGGCCCGGAGUCCCCGCCCACGCCCCCGCCGGCGCCUCCGCUCCCGGGAGACCCCGUGCCCCCUCCCGCGCCUCCGCUGCCCGGAGACCCCGUGCCCCCGCCGGCGCCUCCGUUGCCGGGAGACCCCGUGCCCCCGCCGGCGCCGCCGCCGCCUCUCGGGACAGUGGGGCAAGGUCCCCCUCCUCCACCGCCGCCUCCUGGAGGACCCCCGGACGCCCCUGGCGGGCGGGGCUCAGAGACUAGCUUGGGCUUCAAGACCAAGAAGCCGAUCCAAACCAAAUUCCGGAUGCCACUGCUGAACUGGGUGGCCCUGAAGCCCAGCCAGAUCACGGGUACUGUCUUCACCGAGCUCAACGACGAGAAGGUGUUGCAGGAGCUGGACAUGAGUGACUUCGAGGAGCAGUUCAAGACCAAGUCGCAGGGCCCCAGCCUGGACAUCAGCGCCCUCAGAGGCAGGGCCGCACAGAAGGGUCCAAGCCAGGCCACGCUCAUUGAGGCCAAUCGGGCCAAGAACUUGGCUAUCACCCUGCGCAAGGGCAACCUGGGCGUUGAUCGCAUCUGCCAGGCCAUCGAGACGUAUGAUCUGCAAGCUCUUGGCCUGGACUUCCUGGAGCUGCUGACCCGCUUCCUGCCCACGGAGUACGAACGCAACCUCAUUGCCCGCUUUGAGCGGGAGCAGCGGCCACUGGAGGAGCUGUCGGAGGAAGACCGCUUCAUGCUCCGCUUCAGCCGCAUCCCACGCUUGCCUGAGCGCAUGGCCACACUCACCUUCCUGGGCAGCUUUCCGGACACAGCCCAGCUGCUCAUGCCGCAAUUGAACGCCAUCAUCGCAGCUUCCAUGUCCAUCAGGUCCUCGGACAAACUCCGCCAGAUUCUGGAGAUCGUCCUGGCCUUUGGGAACUACAUGAACAGCAGCAAGCGAGGGGCAGCCUACGGCUUUAGGCUGCAGAGCCUGGAUGCGCUGCUGGAGAUGAAGUCCACGGACCGAAAGCAGACUCUGCUCCACUACUUGGUGAAGGUCAUUGCUGAGAAGUAUCCGCAGCUGUCAGGCUUCCACAGUGAGCUGCACUUCCUGGACAAGGCGGGCUCAGUGUCUCUGGACAGCGUCCUGGCUGAUGUGCGCAGCUUGCAGCAGGGCUUAGAAUUAGCACGGCGAGAAUUCGUGCGGCAGGAUGACUGUGUGGUGCUGAAGGAGUUCCUAAAGGCCAACUCACCCACCAUGGACAAGCUCCUGGCUGACAGCAAGACGGCCCAGGAGGCCUAUGAUGCCGUGGUGGAGUACUUUGGAGAGAACCCCAAGACCACAUCCCCCUCCAUGUUCUUCUCCCUUUUCUGCCGCUUCACCAAAGCCUACAAGGGAGCAGAGCAGGAGGUGGAGCAGUGGAAGAAGGCAGCAGCUGCCCAGGAGGUGGGCGUGGACACCUCCUGUCCGGGAGAGCCCCCUGUGCCCAAGUCUCCACACAGGGCACGGCGCCAGCAGAUGGACCUCAUCUCAGAGCUGAAGCGGAAGCAGCAGAAGGAGCCGCUCAUCUAUGAGAGCGACCGCGACGGCGCCAUCGAGGACAUCCUCACAGAUCUACGGAACCAGCCCUACAUCCGUGCAGACACGGGUCGCCGCAGUGCCCGCCGGCGCCCCAUAGCACCACCCCUGCAAGUCACCACAGACCUGGCCUUGUAGCCUGGUGGCAGGUGUAUGCUGGGGCCUGGGGUUUCAAGGAUGGCUGUGACCCCAGACAUUGCUCCAAGAACCUGGACAGCCAUACUUGGUGAGGGCCUGGCUUGUGACCUGUGAGGCCACUGUGCUGGCCUGGGCCUCAGCCCCAGGACUCUCCCUGAGCCUUAUUUUUGUAUGAGAGCAAUAAAGAUGU